AUGCUGCGCAAACUCACCCUCGAUCAGAUCAACGACUGGUUCACCAUCGGCAAGGCCGUCACCGAUGUGGAGCUGCUGGGCUCGCCGCCCGCCUUCCCGGCCGAGGCGGCCAGGGAGGAGGCGCUGCGCGUGGGUGCAGCCCCUACCUCCGACCCGGCCCCGGCACCGGCCCCGGCGCUCGGGAGGUCACUCAGCCAAAGGAGCUCAGAAAUGGAGUAUAUUAACAAAUACAGACAGCUUGAAGCACAUGUAUUUGAUAUGUAUGGCAGUGAUCAACCAACCCGUGGGCCAGGUCCAAGGCCACCUUUGUCUAAAUUAAGCAAUGUGACAUGUAUCCCAGAGACAACUUAUAAAUAUCCUGAUUUGCCUAUAAAUCGAUGUAAGGAAGAGGUUAUUUCUUUGAUAGCGAGUAAUUCUGUGGUGAUUAUACACGGUGCCACGGGAAGCGGUAAAAGUACACAACUCCCGCAGUAUAUCUUGGACCAUCACAUUCAGCACUCUACCUUCUGCAACAUUGUGGUCACCCAGCCACGGAAAAUAGGGGCCAGCAGCAUCGCCAGAUGGAUCAGUAGAGAGCGCUCUUGGACUCUUGGUGGUUUGGUGGGCUAUCAGGUAGGGCUAGAGAAAAUAGCAACAGAAGAUACCAGGUUAAUUUAUAUGACAACGGGAGUCUUGCUUCAGAAAAUAGUUAGUGCCAAGAGUUUGAUGGAAUUCACGCAUAUCUUCAUUGAUGAAGUUCAUGAGCGAACUGAAGAAAUGGAUUUCCUGCUACUGGUAGUCCGCAAACUUUUAAGAACAAAUUCACGUUUUGUGAAGGUAGUCCUGAUGUCGGCUACCAUCAACUGUAAAGAGUUUGCAGACUACUUUGCUGUUCCUGUUCAGAACAAAAUGAAUCCUGCGCAUAUUUUUGAAGUAGCAGGAAUGCCCCAUUCAAUUGAAGAGUAUUAUCUUGAUGAUCUGGGGCACAUUCAUCAUAGCAGGCUUCCCCCUCAUCUCCUGGGGGAACCGGUGAUACCUAAGGGUGUAUAUGAAAUUGCUGUCUCCCUAAUUCAGAUGUUUGAUGACUUGGAUAUGGAAGAGAGUGGGAACAAGACCUGGUCGGGUGCCCAGUUUGUGUCGGAGCGGAGCAGUGUGUUGGUGUUUUUGCCAGGUCUGGGUGAAAUAAACUACAUGCAUGAACUCCUCACAAACAUGGUUCACAAAAGGUUACAGGUGUAUCCACUCCAUUCAAGUGUGACUUUAGAAGAACAGAAUAAUGUAUUUUUAAGUCCAGUCCCUGGGUAUAGAAAGAUUAUUCUGUCUACCAACAUUGCAGAGAGUUCUAUCACAGUUCCAGAUGUCAAAUAUGUUAUAGAUUUUUGUUUGACUAGAACUCUGGUUUGUGAUGAAGAUACAAACUAUCAGAGUCUGCGAUUGAGUUGGGCCUCUAAAACCAGUUGUAAUCAGAGAAAAGGCCGUGCUGGACGAGUGUCUAAAGGAUACUGCUACAGACUGAUACACAGGGAUUUCUGGGACAACUCCAUCCCCGAUCAUGUUGUUCCUGAGAUGUUGCGUUGUCCUUUAGGCAGCAUCAUAUUGAAAGUAAAAUUACUUGACAUGGGUGAACCAAGAGCGUUGCUGGCAACUGCCCUUUCUCCGCCCAGUCUGAGUGACAUUGAACGUACCAUCCUUCUACUAAAGGAGGUUGGAGCACUUGCAGUUAGUGGGCAGAGAGAAGACGAAAACCCCCAUGAUGGUGAAUUGACCUUCUUAGGAAGAGUGUUAGCCCAACUUCCUGUUAACCAGCAACUUGGUAAACUCAUAGUCCUUGGACAUGUAUUUGGAUGUCUAGAUGAAUGUCUUAUUAUUGCGGCAGCUCUUUCUUUGAAGAAUUUCUUUGCAAUGCCUUUUAGGCAGCAUCUUGAUGGAUACAGGAACAAAGUGAAUUUCUCUGGCAACAGUAAGAGUGACUGUAUUGCACUUGUUGAGGCAUUUAAAACGUGGCAGGCUUGCAGACAUAGAGGGGAGCUGCGACAUCCAAAGGAUGAACUUGACUGGGGACGGUUAAGUUACAUUCAAAUCAAGAGAAUUAGAGAGGUGGCUGAAUUAUAUGAAGAAUUGAAGAAUAGAGUCUCACAGUUCAACAUGUGUGUUGAUUCUCGGCGACCUGUCGUGGACCAAGAAUAUAUAUAUAAGCAACGAUUCAUCCUACAGGUUGUACUGGCAGGUGCUUUUUAUCCAAAUUACUUUACUUUUGGACAGCCUGACGAGGAGAUGGCAGUUAAGGAGCUGGCUGGCAAAGACUCAAAGACGACCAUCGUGUUGAAGCACAUUCCUCCCUACGGAUUUCUGUACUACAAACAACUACAGUCUCUCUUUAGACAGUGUGGUCAAGUCAAAUCCAUUGUAUUUGAUGGCACAAAGGCCUUUGUGGAGUUUUCCCGUAAUCCGACAGAGAGAUUUAAAACUCUUCCUGCAGUGUAUAUGGCAAUUAAGAUGUCUCAGCUAAAAGUUUCACUGGAACUCAGUGUUCAUUCUACAGAGGAAAUUGAAGAGAAAGUGCGAGGAGGGAGUGUUGCAAAACUCAGGAACAUGAGGGUAAAUGUGGACUUCCAGAAGCAGACAGUAGAUCCUAUUCAAGUCUCUUUUAAUACCUUAGACACGUCCCAGACAGUUACCGAUCUCCUUUUAACUAUUGAUGUCACAGAGGUGGUUGAAGUGGGACACUUUUGGGGAUAUAGGAUUGAUGAAAAAAACUCUGAGGUUCUGAAAAGGCUUACUGCUGAGAUAAACCGACUGAAAUUAGUACCCUUGACCGUUCACCCACAUCCAGACUUGGUCUGUCUGGCACCUUUUGCUGAUUUCAAUAAAGAAAGCUACUUUAGAGCUCAAAUUCUUUAUGUUUCUGGAAAUUCGGCUGAGGUUUUUUUUGUAGAUUAUGGUAAUAGGUCUCAUGUAGAUCUAGAUCUUUUAAUGGAGAUUCCCUGUCAAUUUCUUGAACUUCCAUUCCAGGCUUUGGAAUUUAAGAUUUGCAAAAUGCGACCAUCGGCAAAGUCCCUUGUUUGUGGUGAGCACUGGAGUGGCGGGGCUGGCCGCCGGUUCGCCUCCCUGGUGCGUGGCUCAGCGCUGCUCGUGAAGGUUUUCUCUGUUGUGCACAGUGUCCUGCACGUGGAUGUGUACCGGUACUGGGGGGUCCAGGACACCAUCAACAUAAGAGAUGUCCUCAUUAGGGAAGGCCAUGCCGAGCUCACGGAGGAGUCCUACGAGUCGAGACAAAGCCAUGAAAUUCUCGAGGGUCUCUUUUCCAAGUCAGUAGAUAAUAUGACAUAUGGGUCUGUGCCGUCUCCUGUGAAAGACGAUGACAAGUAUCUGAUGCGGAUUUUGUUAGAAAGCUUUUCUUCCAAUAAGCUGGGCACACCACACUGUAAGGCCGUACUCCAUGGGCCUUUCAAUCCUUAUGAGCUGAAGUGUCAUAGUUUGACCAGAAUAUCCAAGUUCAGGUGUGUUUGGAUUGAGAAGGAGAGCAUCAACUCCGUCAUUAUCAGUGAUGCCCCUGAAGACCUUCACCAGCGGAUGCUGGUUGCAUCUUCCCUGUUGGUCAAUUCAACUGGCUCUACUAUGCUGCUGAGAGAAACCUCUCUGAUGCCUCAUAUUCCUGGCCUCCCGGCUCUCCUCAGCAUGUUAUUCGCACCAGUGAUGGAACUAAGGGUUGAUCGGGAUGGAAAGUGCUAUACUGGAGUCCUUUGUGGUUUGGGAUGGAAUCCAACUACUGGGGCUCCUGUACUGCCGGAGCAUGACAUUGAGCUAGCUUUUGAUGUUCAGUUCAAUGUGGAGGACGUUGUAGAGAUUAAUAUUCUCAGGGCUGCUAUUAACAAGCUAGUUUGUGAUGGACCGAAUGGAUUGAAGUAUCUUGGGCCAGAAAGAAUCACACAGCUACAGGACAAUGCUCGUCAGAAACUUUUAGGUUUGUUCUGUCGUUUGAAACCAAGAGAGAAGAUUGUUCCGAAGUGGCAUGAGAAGCCCUACGAAUGGAAUCAGGUUGAUCCAAAGCUGGUUAUGGAGCAGGGUGAUCGGGAGAGCAGCAGAGGGAAGAAUACAUUCCUCUACCAGCUGCACAAGCUGACUGUGCUCAGUCCCUAA